AUGGCCAGAGCAGAUCCUGCCGCCGCAGAUCCGGGCAUUCCCGCCAAGGACGCGCCGGCCGAGGCGGCGCAGCGUCUCCGGCGGGUCCGCGCCAACCUCCGCCUCCCGGACCGGCCCUUCGCGGCGCUCUCCCGCGACCACGACGCCGGCCUCCGCGCGCUCCGCCUCCUCGACUUCGUCCGCCUCGACCUCCCCUCCUCGGGCGUCCCGCGCGCCGACCUCGUCGCCGACCUCGUCGCCAACUACUCCGCCACCCGCGGACGGAGCUCCGUCCGCGGCGAGCAGGUCGAGGUCUCCCUCGAGGCGUUCGCCAGGGCGCUCCACCUGCCCCCGCACGCUCCCCCGGCCGGCAGCGACGCGGACGGGGCUGCCCGGGCCUCCGCCUCCCGGGAGUUCGCCAGGGUCUACAUCGGGGCGCCGGCGGAGGCUUCCACCGGCAUCAAGCGCCGGCUCCCCAGCAUCUUCUUUGACAAGAAUGUGAAGCGUGGGCCAGAUUAUACCACGGAGCUUCUGUGGGAGCUGCUCAAGCAGGAGAUGGAGCACAUGGUCGAGAGCGAGAGCACCGGCUGCGUCAGCUACUACGCUGCCUUCCUGCAGAGGCUCAUCUGGGUGCAGAGGCCCGAGCUCUUCCAGCCGCCGUCGUCGGAGGAGGCAGUCGCACCGGCGGCAUUGUGCGUCCAGCCGCCACCGGAAUCGCUGUCGUCCGAGGAGGCAGUUGCACCGACGGCAUUGUGCCUCUGGAAGGCACAAGAGAGCAAUCUGCCGACGAUCCACGAGAACCACGAGUGCUGCUCCGAGUCUGACAUCUGCAGGGCUGAAGCGAGCCCCAAGCAGGUUGACAUGGCAUCAAAGACAGCUUGGUCCGCUGUCUCUGACAAGGGAUACAUUCUAACUCAAUCUCGUCAAGACGAUGCUGUUCCGAGGAAGACUGCUAGUCGUCGUGCUCUUAGGUUUGAAGGAUCAGACGUGGCUAAUGAGGUCGGCCAGGACCUGCCUCCAGUCGUUGCUGCUGCUGCUGCUGCUGCACCGUUGUUGGUGCUGGGUAAGAAAGGACCUGGCCGCCCUUGCAAAGUUCAGACUGCGCCGGUUGAGCCUGAGAAUCGCAGCCCUUGUGAAGUUCAGACUGCCCUGGUUGAGCCUGAGAAUCGCAGCACUUGUAUAGUUCAGACUGCCCCUGUUGACCCUGAGAAUCGCAGAUUUACUCGUGGCAGCAUCAAGAGCAAUGGCUUUAAGCCCGCUCCUGUGGUGGAUCAGCAAGCUAGGCCCAAGAAACAACUUAGUGCAAAAGUGGUGUUGAAGAAGCAGACACCUGCAAAAAACAAGAAGCAGACACCUGCAAGGCCACAAGGGACAAUGAUCAAGCAAAUGAAAAGGAAGAAAUGAGCAUUCCAGCUACACCAAUACAUGUGAUGCAAAAGGCUGGCAGGGACCUUGGGAUAGAGCAGAGAACCUGACAAGGGACAAUCUUUGAAGCUUACCCCUUCCUCUUCCAGUCCUUCAGCUGCUGAUGAUUAGCCUUUCCCUGUUAAUUAGCCCGUAUCUUUAUUUCUCUGUUAUAUUUAGCUUGCUUUUCUAGAGAACCCUUCUGGUCUGUUUGUUUGGUAGAACCACCUGGUGCUAAUGCUGCAUGCAAGUGUCAAACUUUCAUCUAUAUUUGGUUUAUCAAUGUGAUGCUACUGUUGCCACUACACACUAACCAAACCAAUCAUGUGUAGAUAAGCCCGACAGUCCUGAAAGACGCCUAUUCCGAACCUCAUUCUGCCAAUCUGAUAAGCUCUUCGCCAACUUCCCAGAGCCUCUCCGCCAAGGCGUCACUCUUCGCCAAUUUGCUCGUCGUCUUGUUGCAGCUAAUGGUUGAGCCCUGCAUAAGAGAUUGGGUGCCAAAGUGGCUGAUGAAACUGUACGUUGAUUUCUGCACCAAGUUAUCAGAAGUACCAAACAAGAAGCUAUUGACAAAAUUAUAUAAUCUUGAAGUAAGUUUGUUGAAUUUGCAUUACUUUUUUUGAUUUAUACUUAUAAAUCAGGUCUGACUAACUUGUCAAAGCCAAAUGUGUUCAUCUGCUUCUGUUUUCUAACAGGUCUUUGAAGAUGAAAUCAUUGUGUCUAAUUGUGGACUGCAAGAUCUUUCAAUUACACCUUUUCUUGAUGCCCUUAGAUCACAUAAAACAAUAGCCAUGAAACCAAACCAUUGAAAGGCUUCAAGAAAUAUUUGCUUCAUCAAGCCAGACAUAAGGUGGCUUGAUACUGGAUUUACAUUGCAAUCAAUUUGGUCCAACUGCUUUAUUCCAGAUAUGUGAGUGUGUUGUUAUGACUGCACGAUUGGAAGUGCUUAAUCUGGCUGGGAAUCGUCUCACGGAUAGUUGCAGUUCUUAUAUUUUCACAAUCUUACAGAAGUGCAAAGCACUAUAUAGCCUGGAUGUUGAGCAGUGUUCUAUCACAUCAAGAACAGUUCAGAAGAUGGCAGAUGCACUACAUGAAGGAUGGGUCCUUUCACAUCUCUCUAUAG